AUGUCGACUUCUCGUAAACGAACCAGGUCACCUAAUACAAAUGAACCAAAGGAAAGUAAACAACUACAAUGUGGACAUCCAAAGCAUGAAGAAUACGUUUCUUCCAUUAAAGAGAUUGGGAAAAGAAAAACGCCGUUGAAAAGAAAAUUAGUCAAAGUGCCGAAAAGAAUGUAUCUUGCUAUAGGAAUUAAAGAGGACGCAUUAAUUUGUAGUCGUUGCAUCGUACAAACAGACAAAGAUCCUGAGUAUUUGAAUCAUCCAAAAUUUGUUAACCAGAGAAUUAAAACACGUCAAAAUGUAAUGUCUAUGUUAAAAAUUGACAUGGUAGAUUAUCCAAGGGGAAGAAAGGGAUAUGAUGAUGAAGAAGAAACAUUACCACCACCUGCUAAGAAAUUAAAGAAGAGUAACAUUAGUAGUAAAUCAUCGAAAACUGCUAAGACCACAAAAACAAGAGAAGAUGAAAAGAAAAGCAGCACCAAUAACAACAAUAAUGAAGGUGAUAAUAAAGAAGAGGAAAUAGAAGAGGAAAAGAGCCAAAAAAAAGGAAAAGAACGCAAGAAUGGCAAAGCUUCUAGUUCUGGUUCCAAUCUGAAAACAUUUAAGGCGUCAAGAACGAACAAAAAUUCUUAA